AUGGCCGACAUCACCCCUUCAAAGACACUCGUCUACAAGAAAGUAGGAGACUUGGAGAUUUCCCUCGAUGUCUACCUGCCGGAAAAAGAAUCACCCCAACCCCCAGCCUGUCUCCUCUGGUUCCAUGGAGGAGGCUUAAUACAAGGCCAUCGAAAUGCAAUAGCACCACACAUGAAAAAGGCCGCCUCCAAGUACAAUCUAUGCGUGCUAUCCGCAGACUACCGUCUCGCGCCACAAGCCACCAUUGUAGAAAUAGCCUCAGAUGUCUACGAUUGCGUCAAGUUCAUCCGGAACGAUCUCGCCUCUCGUCUUGGCAAUACUCCAGUCGACACUUCUCGCCUGGCGGUCUCUGGAAGCUCGGCGGGAGGCUACCUUGCUCUUCUCGCUGGUAUUAACGUCGAGCCGAAACCGAACGUCAUCAUUCCGAUAUAUCCCAUUACAGAUCCGCUUGGGACAUUCUUCACGAACCCUCAGCCGCCGCCAAUGGGACGGCCAGCUGUGGAGAGGGAGACUGUAGCUGCGUAUCUGGAUCCGAAUGCUGCUCAAGUUGCAAACAACCCCAAAGAUGACGCGAGAGGGAACAUGUAUGUUCGCAUGAUGCACGAUGCCAACUUGGCCAAGCUGUGGCAUGUUCCUGAAGGUCCUGAGGCAAAUGCUUGGAGGCUUUCGAGGCAGAUAUAUGCGAAGAGAUCUUGUCCUGCGUAUAUUCUACACGGUGAUGCCGAUAGCGCAGUCGGCGUCGAGCAGGCAGAUGAAGUCGUUGGAGCAAUGCUAGGCUGCGGCGUUGAGGUUGUGUACGAACGAACACAUGGCGAGGACCACUUUUUGGACACUGGAGCGGAGUAUGGAAACGAGGCGCUGUACGCUUUCCUGUUGAAGCACAUGUGA